UGGUUUUCUAAGGACGUACAGAUGGGGCUGGAUAGAAAAUCUGGCCUCAUUCUCCCCGGCAAGCUCUGACUUGCCGUGACCGGAGGCUUUGGCUUUGACUGUAUCGGAAUGGUUUGACAUGGUGGAUAGUUCUAAAGAUGUGAAUGGUACGGGUCUUACUUAUAUAUCUCAGCCUCGAUGAUGCGGCUGCGACUGCGGCUCCUCUCGACGUCAUACUGUACUGUUUGAGAACUUGGUACAAGGAGUUCUGUGAUAGUCUGUUCCUUCUGCCUUCUCGAGUCUCGACCGCAAACCUACGCUAUUCUCUGGGUCGCCCAUUGUUCUCUGCUUCACCCAUUACUUCGGUCCUGUAUCGUGACGCUGUCAUCGAAUCCCGGAGGUCCACUCACGCUGGUUGUCAUUUCCUGCGAUGGGGGCAGCGGCGUUAUGGUUCUUUAGGUGGACCUACGCAUCUUGCCCCUUCGCUCCCUUUUGAAUCUAUUCUUGCAGUCUCUUCCCCGGUGUCCAUGUUUACCGCACCUACAGCAGGUAAUCCACCCGGUUCGGCGAUUUCUUCUACGCCUAGGCCAUUCCUGACUGGUGUCAUCCCUUUCAAAAUCUUCCUUCUUCGAUUCAGAUGUGUAUCGUGUCGCGAUGCUUUGCCAUCUGCCGUAUGUGGAACCUGUUUUCGUUCCGUCGAUAGUCGUAGUCUCCGUCUUUCCUUUGGUCAUACUGUCUGGAAUCAGAUAGGACAUGUGCGUGAAGUAAAAGCGCUCUUACGACGGUGGUGGAGACAUUUGAUGUUUGUGUUUGAAAUGUUGGUUUGGUUGGUAGGUGGGUGUGAAGGUAUUCUUUCCUCAUCCAGAUACGGCGUAGGACUUUAUAUUAUAUGGGAUAUCUUUGCGGCUACGGGAUACUUCGAUUGACUUCGAACUGACUCAUUUUGACAUUCAGGGUAUUCAUAUCAACCUUCUCGAACUUUCGCUUACUUUCUUCUUGAUUCUGGGUGAUCAUCCUCGUCCAAUCCCCAUCGGGCUGCGACUCUUUGUGCCGGAUAGUCGUUGGUAGCUGAUGCGUAUAUUUUAGUUUAACUCGCACCCUACGAGGAAUGCGGUCGUUCUGCUCUAGAAUAUUCAAAACGAUAGCUAAGAUGUUCAUAGUUGCGGUUUUACCUUGAUUUUUCUUUGGGAUCUGCAUUUGAAAAUUUGAUUAACCGCAACAAGUAC